GCCCGCAGCCGCAGGCAGGAUACCGCAUCGGCCGCGCCGCCACCGGAACUUGAACGUCGUCCUGCUCCUGCCUGCAGGAGAACUUGCCAUUGCCAGUCGCGGCGGCGUCUUGCUCGCUCACGCAGCUCGGCACUCGGCACUCGGCACGGCCGCUCUCUCUCCCCUUCCUUCGCACCGGCCGCGCAGCAGUCGUUAUUCGGCAUCGUCCGCCAGCGCAUCUCCCGCCAGUCCAGUCCACCAGAGCAGAGGCAGCACCCCCUCUGGCGCCGUCUGACCCACCUCCGCUCCACCGCACCCAUCCCAGCGCCGCCCACAUCCUUCCCCGUGGCCGACCGUCGGCUUCCUCCUCCUCCUCCUCCUCCUCUCCCUCCGGGCUCCUGCUCCUGUUCGGUUCAGCAGCCGUCCUCCCUUCCUCUUCCAGUUCGAUUCUACUGAGCUCCGUGCUCUGCUGUUGCUUCCCCGUCGCGCGGGGAUGAAGCCACUGGAGUUACAAUCCGAGGCACGCGAGAAGCUUCUCUCUCAAAAAUAUUGGGGGUUCAACAGAGUUUCCUAUGCCCGGCGCUAAGCCCGCCGGCCAGGUGUUCGACGUAACUCCCCUCCUGAGAGGGAUCUGUUAUGUUCUUGGCCAAACGACCGCCAUGGUCGUCUCAGAUUACCAGGUUCUAUAUCCUUCCCCUCCACGCUGUUUCCUGGAUCGUUUGGUGUGCAAGAAGGGUGCACUACAGUGGCGGCGGCGGCGGCGGCGACAGUGCCACUCCAGGGACAUCUGGCCGGCUGUCCGAGCUGUUUUGCCCAGCCCGGGUGCAGGUCGCUGGCGUCAUUGGGCGAGCACUGGAACAGGGGCGGUCGUCGGAUUCGGUGGAGCUGGAGCUGGAGAGGCUCCAUGUCGACCUGGACCCCUUUGUUGUCAACCGGGUGCUCCGGAGCGUGUCGGACUCAGAGACGGCAGUGCAGUUCUACUGGUGGGCAGAGUCCAGGCCUGGGUUUGAUCACACCCAGUUCGCGAUAGCCUACAUUGUCAGCCUGCUGUUUAUAGACAGCAACUUUUUCCUGCUGUCGGAGUUCCUCGAGAGAGUGAGGAGUCAGGGGGUGACAUUGCAUCGCUCUCUCUAUCGGAUCCUCUUGUCGGGCUAUGUCAGGGCGGGCAAGUUCGAUUCUGUCAUCCAGACAUUUGAUGAGAUGGUUACGUCUGGAUGCCGUGAGUUUGGUGUGGACUACAACAGGUUCAUUGGUGUGCUAGUUAAGAAUUGCUGCUUUGAUUUGGUUGAGAAGUAUUAUGGCGUGGCACUUGAUAAAGGUUUUUGCUUGACUUCAUUCACUUAUUCAAGGUGGAUAUCUGCACUGUGCCAAUCAGACAGGAUUGAGCUCGUAGAGAGACUCCUGGCUGAUAUGGAUAAGUUUGGGUGUUUUCCAGAUAUUUGGGCAUGUAACAUAUAUGUUGACUAUUUAUGUAAGCAAAAUAGGUUGCAUGAUGCUUUGAUGAUGCUUGAGAAUAUGGAGAUGAGAGGAACCGGUCCAGAUGUUGUCACUUACACAACAAUUGUUGGAUGUUUAUGUGAUAAUAAGCAGUUUGCUGAAGCGGUCGAGCUUUGGGAAGAAAUGAUGAGGAGGGGCGUUAAACCUGAUAUCAUUUCCUGUGGCGUAUUGAUAUUUGGGUUGUGCAAGAGUGAUAAGGUUGACGAGGCUUUUGAGCUGGCAUUGAGGAUGCUGAGUCUUAAUUUAGAACUCAAUGUCUGUAUUUACAAUGCCCUGAUAAGUGGCUUCAUGAGAUCAGGAAGCAUUAAUAAAGCCUUCAAAAUCAUAUCCUUCAUGCAGGCAAAUGGGUGUGAGCCAGAUGUUGUCACAUAUAAUAUCCGCUUGAACCAUUACUGUGACGCAGGUAUGAUAAAGGAAGCUGAAAUGUUGAUAGAAGAGAUGGAAAUGAGUGGGGUAGUAAAUCCUGAUCGGUACAGCUAUAAUCAAAUGUUAAAAGGAUUGUGCAAAGCUCAUCAAUUGGACAGGGCAUUUGGUUUUGUUUCAGAUCAUAUGGAGGUUGGUGGGUUCUGUGAUAUUGUAUCUUGUAACAUACUGAUUGACGCAUUUUGCAAGGCAAAGAAAGUAACUUCUGCAUUGAAGCUGUUCAAAGAAAUGGGUUAUAAGGGAAUACAAGCAGAUGCUGUGACAUAUGGAACUCUAAUUAAUGGUCUCUACGGUGUAGGAUACUGCAACCUGGCUGAAGAAAUUUUUGAGCAGAUGCUGAAAGCUCAGGUUGUUCCAAAUGUUAAUCUGUACAAUAUUAUGCUCCAUAACCUCUGUAAAGCUGGUCAGUUUGAACAGGCGCAGAAAAUUUUCUUGCAGAUGAUUCAGAAGGAAGUUUCGCCAGAUGUUAUUACUUUUAACACACUCAUAUAUUGGCUCGGGAAAAGCUCAAGGGCAAUUGAAGCUGUUGAUCUGUUCAGGGAUAUGAGGGCUAGAGGGGUAGAACCUGAUAGCUUGACAUUUAGGUAUUUGAUCAGUGGCCUCCUAGAGGAAGGGAAAGCUACACUGGCUUAUGAGGUAUGGGAAUAUAUGAUGGAGAAUGGCAUAAUUCUCGACAGAGAUGUUUCUGACAGGCUGAUAAGUAUGCUUAAAUCAAAGAACAAGUAACAACUGACUGAGUUUCUUGAGAGUUUCAGCCUCUAGGACAUUUUACUCAUGUCAUUAGAGCUCAAAGGUCUGAGCUUGUUUAGUUGCUUCUAAACUCAUUGCUGUGCUGGCAUGCGGGACACAUCUUUGCUGAUUAACUCAAUUGGAUGGAUGCAUUAUAGCUGGACCUGUACCAGACCCAAAAGCAGACACACCAGAGAAACAGUGGACAAGUUUGCAGGCAUCGUCUUCAGUACUUUGACACCAAAGCAUGAUUGUGUGGUUAAAGUCUCAUCUCCUGUGCAACCGUUUCUGGGGACAUCAUCCCCCUUGUUGCUGGAAAUGAGCAUAUAAAUCGUGAGAGCAAGCAGAUCCUGAUAUCCAUGGACUGCAGACGACAUUCAAUUAACAGGGGAAAGGACAUGAAGAGAAAGUGGAGCAUGCAGAGUAACAUGGAUUGAAUAAUCAUGUGACAGGUGCUCUUCCUAUCCAUGUAGUGGGUCCUUGGCUUCUAUACUUGCACAUUUCAGUUUCUAUUCAUUCUUCAAGUUUGUUGGCUAUGUACCAUUGAUUCUGUUGUUUGAAAUAUCCAAAUCCUUAGCAUUCAAAAAUCUAGGAGGAAACCAAUGGGGAUUCAGAUCAGAUAUAGAUGUGCUUGAUAUAAUAUAUACUGUAUAUAGCACUUGGAUGUCAGUAUGUGACUGAAGACAGGAGGGAAACAGAGGAUCCAUGUGGCAGGAUUUAAAACAUCUGUGAUCAAGUCUUAAGGAAUUUCUUGAAGGUUUUUCUGACGCUGUAGCUAAAUGCUAUCAGAAAUUGACAUUAUUCAAUUUUUCUGACCUGUAAGCAUGGCUGGGUCGUGAGAUGGAUUGGUUUCUGACAUGUAUUCAGGCUCUGGGAUGUACCUGACAGCUUUGGUGACUGCUCAGGCUAAAACAGGUGUUGCAGGCUUCCGUCCAGCAAAACCUGCUAGGGCGGGGGUGGGUUUGCCUAUUAGUUGUUUGCCAGCCAGAAUUCUAACAAUAUUUUUUUCUCACAACAAAUCAGCGUCAGCAUCAGCCAUUUUUAUGGCCCAGCCAUUUUUAUGGCCAAUCGAGCUUUGAUAAUACGAUGAGUUUGUAGCUGACCGCUCGCUGGUAACUUGUUUGGAUUUGGUUGUUAGAUUUUGGUCCUUUACAACCUCUGGAAUCCGAUAAUCUGAUGACCAGUUUUGAUAGUACGAUGAAUGUAGUGGGUAACUGGCAAGGGGAAUUUUGUGCAAGUCUGUAAGCCUAUCCAUGUUGUAUCUGUUGUACAGUAUCUUAUAAUCAUUAACACAUCGCCAGGUGACUGGAUUAAACAGUUUUGCAGGGUUUUCCUUCCA